CCCCACGUGUCCCUCGCGGCGUCCCGUCGCCGCCCCAGCCCUGCGGACCCGAUCCCAAGAUGGCGGCGCCCAGCGAAAGGAGGAACGGCGGCGGCGCGAGCUUGUGGGCUGCGUUGCUGCUGGCGGCCGCUGCGUUGAGGCCGGCGGAGGCGGUGUCCGAGCCCACGACGGUAGCGUUUGACGUGCGGCCCGGCGGCGUCGUGCACUCCUUUUCCCAGAACGUCGGCCCGGGGGACAAAUACACUUGUGCGUUCACCUACGCUUCUCAAGGAGGGACCAACGAGAAGUGGCAGAUGAGCCUGGGGACCAGCGAGGACCACCAGCACUUCACCUGCACCAUCUGGAGGCCCCAGGGCAAGUCCUACUUAUACUUCACACAGUUCAGGGCAGAGGUGCGGGGCGCGGAGAUCGAGUACGGCAUGGCCUACUCGAAGGCUGCGUUUGAGCGAGAAAGCGACGUCCCCCUGAAAAGCGAGGAAUUUGAAGUGACCAAGACGGCAGUGUCCCACAGGCCCGGGGCGUUCAAGGCCGAGCUGUCCAAGCUGGUGAUUGUGGCCAAGGCAUCCCGCAGUGAGCUGUGACCAGGAGCCCCAUCGGGGGGGGCGGCUUUUCCUCGUUUCUGCUGAAGGAGCUGGGCGCUGGGAGAGCUGGCGCAUUACUGGUUCUCUAGGGGGCUGUUGGGUGAUGUCCUCUGAACAUGGAGCGGGGGUCUGGGACCCUCUGCCCGUCUUUCUUAUCAAAAAAGGCACUGGGGAACGUGAAGGGGUCUCCCCGGGGAAUCGCGGCUUUCCUGGGUCAGGCCGGGCUCUGGAUCACUCCCAGGGACAGCGAUCCUGCUGCCCUGAGCCCGAACCAGCUGUUUUCUUACAGUUUUCCCAGGGGACCUUCUUCCAGGCUAACUGGGGAGAAAUGAAGUGUUCUUCAUAUUUAAAUAAAUCAGAUGGUUGAAAAGCAGCCACCGUGGCAACUGGCACUGGUGCCAGCCUGUCUGCGUGCUUGGGGCCGGGGCCCGGAGGCAGCAGCAGGGUCUGGCCACCCGCAGCCCCGUGCCCUGCUGGGGACGGUGACGGGAUGUCACCACAGGCCCCUGGAAUCUCCAGGCACGAUGCCUCUGAAGGCGCAAAUGCACGGGUUCCCAAGGCGGUUGGCUGUGAACCUGGAUCUCCCCGAGCUCAUGGGGCAGCCCCAGCCCCACCCCGCAGGUCACCCCCCAUGGGGGGCGGGGAGUGCGGGGGACAGACCUCUCCUGCACCCGGCUGCUUGGUUUUCUCUUUCUGAAGUCGGAUUGCGGGUCGCAACUUAAAACAGCAGCAACCACAAACACCCACGGGCAAACAGAUAAAACCCCGAGAUGCCCAGCCGCUCAGAAGGUCCUGCCCCCCCAGCAGCGGGGCCUGGGAGCCUGACCCCAGCUUGCCCCUCCGCCUGCCCUCCGACCAAGCCUUCUUGCAAGCAAACGGACGGAAAAGAAGCCGUGGGCUGCGAAUCGGAAUCCUGGCUCAUCGGAAUCACAACUUGGGAUCGACGGAGGGGCCCCCUCCUCUUUCACUCGCCUGGCCGCCUCCUUCAUGCCAGCACGAGGACCUGGGCGCGGCCAUGACCCCACUUGCCAGAGAAGCAGGUGUGAGGGUUCCUGCCCCAGUUCGCACACCUGUGGGGAGCAGAGUGGGACUGUGUCCCGUAGACGUGCACGGGAGCGUGACGGACAGUGGUGAUCACAGCGUGUGGCAGCGGCAGGGCCCCCGCAGCCCCGGAGGUACUCGGGAGGAAGACCCCCCCAUCACUCACUGUCCAGCUCAAGGGCACAUGCGUCCACAGGGGGUUCGCCCCACUCAAGAACGGAUGUACUUUGAGGUCUGGCAGGUAUCAGGACCUCAGGGAGGGUCUGAAGCCUUUGUCACUCCGGUUUUGGGGUUCAGUGGACGGAAAACCGAAGGGUGUGUCACCACAGCACCCCAUAGAUGGCGGGCUGCCCGGGGCCACUUGCAGAAACAAGGCAGCAGGAAACUGGCAGGAGUGACAUGGCCCCUGGGAUCCCUGCAAGUCCUGUGGGCCUGACCCCGGCAGGAGAGACGGAUGUGUCCACGGUCAGCCUGGAAUCACUGACCGCUUCUGAAUCCUGGGGACUCAUCGAGGUUGCAUAGCGGUGGCUCCUGUGUCCUGGGACACGGCAGGACAUCCGGAUGCAAACUAGUCAUCCUCGCCCCCACCAGCCAUUUGCAGGCAUCUUUCUAGAUCUUUCCGCGGGACUCAAAAGGGAACCCACCCUGGCCCUGGGGUCUUUGUUCACUGAGCUAAGCCAAACCCUCCCUCGUUUGCGUGCACGGAGCCAAGCUCUGCAGGCCCACACUUCCUCCCUCCCGGGCCCGGGGGAGUGGACCUUGAACCUCUCAGCAAGGACCUCGGGCCUGUGACGCGUGUGACGUUACACGCGUGCUCGGUUUGAAAAGCAGGAGCCCUUGGAGGGCAAAAGCAAGCUGUUAGCAACAGCAAUUUACUCGCUAGUCCCACAUAAUGCAAACAGUUGCGUGCUUUUAUUGAAA